GAUGCUCAUCCUUCCGCUCAGCAAUGAACCAAGUCCUCGCGCUCGCCUUGACUCUCGUCCUCACGUGCCUGCUCGCAGCCCAGCAGGCCGCCGCCGUCGGCGUCUGCAAGCAGUCGGAGCUGGGCUCGCUGCUCACGAACCCCAACACGACGGCGUGCGCCAGCGACUCAGGCGUCGUGUUCGCCGACCUGGACGGCACGCCGUCGGACGCGCAGUUGACGAGUUUUUGUGAGACCGACACGUGUCUGUCGCUCAUGGCCGCGAUCCUCGCCAUCGACCCGGAGGACUGCACGCUGCCGCUGAACGAGAACCUCAACCUCAUGAGCAACCUCGUGGACCCCGUAGUGGACAAGUGCACGGCCAUGGGCAUCGACAUCGCCGGCAGCUCCCGUGUCGGCAGCGACGACGCCGUCACCGUCGGCGACGAGGACAGCGCCACGUCCGACUCGAGCGCCAGCGGCUCCUCCAACGCUGCUGCUAGCACUGUACAAGCGUCUGCCGUCUCGGUCGUCGCCAUUGCCAUCUCUGUGGGCCUCCUUCUCGUGCACUAA